AUAUUAUAAAAUUCACAUCUGAGCUUCGAAACCCCUGCGGUUUGUUUCCAAUGGCGACGGUACCCGGCUUGGUUCAUUCAAUCUGUGGACUUCCCUACCGUUCUUCGUCGUCCUCACCCUCAUCAUUCCCUUCAUUUUUUACUUUUUCCAGUACGUCGUUAGUUUCUCCCACUAGCCCAUCCGGUGGCGGGAAAUGCUUCGGCGUCCAGAGGGAUCGCCGGAGAUCGCAAGCUCUAGUUUGCAGAGCGAUGGUGCAGCAAACUGUACAUGGAGCUUCGGCAGCUUACGCUAAGGAAAUGGAGAGACUCGCUGCUAAGGAAUCGCUUCUUCUCGCUUUUAAAGAUUCUGGUGGUUUUGAGGCUUCAGUCAAUGGAAAGACAACGCCUAUGGAGCGGGUUGAUGUGAAUGAGAGGAUAAUUGGUCUUGAACGCGUUAAUCCAACACCUCGACCCACAACGUCACCCUUUCUGGAAGGUAGAUGGAAGUUUGAGUGGUUUGGAUCAGGAAGCCCAGGUUUAUUUGCUGCUAGAAAUAUAUUUGAGAGAAUUCCCUCGACUUUGGCAAAUUUGUCAAAAAUGGAUGCUGUGAUCAAGGAUGGAUAUGCAAAAAUUACAGCAAACAUGAAAAUUUUGAACUCUAUAGAAAGCAAAUUUACUAUCUCCUCCAAGUUAUCUGUUGAGGGACCACUUCGAAUGAAAGAGGAAUAUGUUGAAGGGAUUCUUGAAUCACCAACAGUUAUUGAAGAAUCACUACCAGAACAGCUAAGAGGUGUAUUUACUCAAGCAGUUAAUGCAAUGCAGCAGCUCCCUGUUCCUAUCACGGAUGCAAUGGCCAAUGGGCUAACAAUUCCUCUCAGUGGGACUUUCCAGCGACUCUUCAUGAUUUCCUAUCUUGAUGAUGAGAUACUUAUAAUAAGGGACACUGUUGGAGUUCCUGAAGUCCUCACAAGGUUGGAUCCUGCUCCCUCUCUCAUGGCUGAGAUCAGUACAGAGUAUGAAAGCUAGAUAUUCUUCCUUUUCCAUGCAUGGGAACGAUCUUCUCCCAUUUUUACUUUUUGAUAUUGAUGCAUUUUUAUUUAUAUGUAUAAUCUCCCUCUCUCUCUCUCUCUCAAAAAAAAAUGGGGCAAAAAGGUGCAUUAGGGGCUUUGCUCCUUUGCUUUACCUUCUUUCCCUUUUCUUUGUUCUCGGGAUAAAUUUUUUGGGUAAUUCUAGAUCACGAUGUUAGCACAAUGGGUAGUCUGGAGCACUUUAUUUUAACUCAUGAACAUGUGAGACCUAUUAUUAUUUUUUGGAGAAAAACUAGGUCUUCCAGGAGGACUAAUGUAGUCCUCCCAUCCAAUGAAAACACUAAUCCAUCAGAUUAUAUGUGAGCCGUACCAUGUGAUGCUCACUCUUUAGUGUGCUUUCAUUUGAUGGGAGAGCCAGUGAUGUCUCGAUGCUCGGAUUUAUAAAAAUCCCACGUGUGCAUAUACCUGCAAAUAGUUUCUGUAUUCACUUGUGUUAAUUUGUAAACUCUGAGUUUGAGUUCUGGGCUAGAGAUCUUGCAUUCUGGUUAUGGGCGGAUGUUGGUCCUCCCGGGGGACCUAAUUGUUCUUUUUUUUUUCUUGGAGUUAUUUAUGGCAGCUUGGUCAAAAUGCGAGUCCCACAUGUAUAUGUGUUAAAAUAAGAGUGAUCUGAGACAAACCACUUGUUGACAUGGUGAUUUAAAUCACCCAAAAUUUGCUCGUUUUCUCCUUGUUUUCUUAUUUUCUCUCAUCUCUACGAAUGAUACGAGGGCUCGACAAACUCAUUCACACAGAGAAACUGUUAAAAAAAAAAAGAGAGGGUAAAAUCGAAGUCUGACGACCGUGAGUUGAAGCCGUUGGAGACCUGGAGCAGGUAAAAAUUAUGGGGGUAGUGAGGGAAAGGUAGGGUAGCGGGUAGGCUUCACGGUUAGGCUCAAUCUGUGAAGGUGGCAGGUUGUGUUUUGUAUUCUCCCAUUUACAUUUGUGUUUGGAAUAUGAAUGUAACAUACAAUAUAUGUAAGUAAAUAAUUAGGGCUUUUCAGGGAAGGAAGUUCUAAAGAAACAAGAAGGAAAUACACUUCACAUGUGUUUAUUUGUUUA